GUAUGGUACCAGUGUUUUUAACAUUGUGCAUGUGCCUGUGGUUAUCGCCAGCAACGCUACCGGUAUGGGAAGAAAAUCGAAUAAAAUAAAAGAGGAAGAUGAAAGUUCGGGAAGGAUUGGACGCCUUGAUGAGCAUACAAUGGGUUACUAUCGGCGAGUCUCCGAUAAGAUUCAGGAAGGAUUCGAAAACACCGAAGAAAAAGCAAUGUUUUUGAGAAAUGUGUACUCUGAACUGGAAGGCAGUGAAGUGAGACUAUCCCAGAACCAGACCGUGAGCCGCAUUUUAGAGACGGUCCUCCCUCUCUCCGAACCCAAGCAGCUGACUGCCUUCCUCCGUGGAUUGACCUCUGACCUUUCAACCUCGGCCACGGAUCGUUUCACCAGCCAUGUUCUACAGUCAACGAUGAUCACAGCUUUGCCUUAUGUUGGUACAGAGGAAGUUGAAGGUCUGCUGGGAAUCUACUGCACGAUCUGUAAAGAAAUGCUUGAGAACUUUAAAGAGAUUAUAACAGAUACAUACGCUAGCCAUGUCUUACGGACUCUCAUAGCUUGCCUUGCGGGUAUCCAGGUCCCAGAAAAUGUCUCCAGAAGCAAACUAUCAAGAGGCCAACAACACAAAGAUUUGGUGUUGGAAACCAGAAUCAUAAUGAACUCACCACCAAAAGACUUCCUAUCAUGUUUAGAAAGUAUAUCAGAAAAUAUCACACAGGCAGAUAAUUUAAACGAGUACUUCACAAGCGUAACAGGUGGUCCCGUCUUGGAGGUAUUAUUGCUUUCGCUCCACCAUACCAACAAAGAUCUCUGUAAACGACUCACCAAGAUAUUUCUCAAGAAAGCCAAACUUUUAAGCAAAGGAGACGCUGAUGAAACACAAGAAAGUUCCCUAGCACAGCUCAUGACCCACCCAAUUAGCAGCCAUCUACUAGAGGUCAUCUUGAAGGUCAUUGAUGAUGACCUACUGCUAAAGGUCAUAGGUCGGAGCUUCAAAGGUCAACUCAUCAAAUUGGCCAUGCAUGGUGUUGCGAAUUUCGUCCUCCAGCGGUUGCUUGAGAGAACCAAAAACCUGCCUGUGUUUGAGGAGUUAUUUGACGAGAUCAUUGAUGAUAUUGAGAGUGUAUUGGCUGUCAAUCAUCUGGGUGUCAUUCAGCGAUUGGCUGCUGGCUGUGUAAGCCACACCUCCAAACAAGUUCCAUUCCUUCAAUCCUUGAUGAGGGCAUUCCAUUGUAACGAGCCAAGAGAGAGGCAAAACUCCUGCGUGCCUCUCUUUGCUGCCAUGGUAACCUACGAAGUCAUGUUCGGAGAGAAGGAUGAUGAAAAGCCAUCCCAGCCUCCUCCCAUCCAGCUCCAGGGCUCCCUGCUCCUUCAGGAGAUGCUCAAGUUCUCCAAGAAUGGAACCAUUCUCAACAGCUUCAUGGCCAUGCCCCCUGAUACCCUAGUUUCCAUGGCAACCCAUCCAUCAGGUAGUUAUCUCUUGGAAGCCUUCAUGAAGAGCACCGCGAUCGGUGAGAAGAAGAAAGAUCUAUUUGUGGAGAAAUUGAAGGGAAGCUGUUUCCAGAUCGCCUGUAACAAGAACGGCUCGCGGACCAUCGAGGGCAUCUUCAAGGCAUCGUCCAUCAAGAGCAAGUUCGUCAUCGCGGAGACCCUCGCCGAACGCGAGACCCACCUUCUCUCGCACACGUUCGGCCGCUUCGUCCAUCGGAACCUCUCCCUUGGCCAUCUACGCAAUAGGAGACAAGAAUGGAAGAAUAUUCAGAUGAAAGAGGCUCAGAAGAGAAAGCUGUUUGCAGAUAUUGUCGGCAAGGAACCACCAAAGAAAGAGAAAGCACCAGAUGAGAACCAAGAAGAAGACAGACUUUCCAAGGAGAUGGCUAUCUUGACUGGGUCUGGGAAUGCAAGACUAGGAGAUGAAGUUGGGGAUGAAGAAGCACCUGACAACGAUGAAAUCACCGCCAUAUUUAGUCACCUACCUGUCAAAAGAGAUGCAUCGUUCAGCGAAGAACAAUCGCAGACAACGCAGAUCAAGAAGAAGAAAAAGAAGAAAAAGAUUAAGGACACUGACUGAUGGGAAUGGAAUUCAUCCUGGGGGAGGGAUGGGUGGGUCAUGUUGGGAGAAAGUGCAGGGGAGGGGGGGGGUGAUUCAAAGGAAGGGGUGGGGGUGAUGGGGAGGGGAUAAUUCUGCCAAUUGGUCUACACUCGCUUUCGGUUAGGCCUCAUCCCAAAUGGUCUAAUAGAAGUUCAUCUACCAACCAUUUGUGAUCUGCCAUCCCGAAACAAAGAACAAGUCACCAAAAAUGAUUGUUAAAGAUUUUAUUGAGCUUGAAAAAGCACCCCAUUAGCUUUAAAGCGAUACAUGGAUAUAGCUUGUAAAAAAUGAUCAACAACAAUAAAUGCAUGGGAAGUUUAGUAGUGAGAGCUUCAAAAACACCAAAAUCAGGUAAAUAAUGUAAAAAGUUGUGCUUGGUUUACUCACGCACAGUAGAUGCACUCUGUGCGAUCUGGGUGAUUCUUCUAAGCAGUCCAGAAAAAUGAUGUUGAGGAAACUCUUGUUCUCUGUCUUUCAUUGACCUUUUCAACUUUACGUUUUGAUACUAUGAAGAAAAAUCACUCUUUCAUAUAACCUUAUACACUAAUUUUAUUUAAUUUUAACCAAAUUUCUAUUUUGUUUUACAGACAACCUUGCCUUGCGACUUAUUGUUGGCUUUUUGGUGGCUGAUCACAUUUGAUCUAAUUCCAAUUUCAACCCAUUUGCCAUUUUUGUCUGAUAUCCAAUGAGUCUAAAAUACCACUUACAGGUAAUGAAGAAAAUAUUAAACUUGCAAUGUGGUUGCAGUGUAGUAUGAGUCUUCCAUUUAUUGUAAUAAAUGUUC